GAAGUGAACAUGGUACAUCCCGAGUAACGCACCGGCGUAGCGCCGCAGCCGUAUCAGCUGCUCUUUUCAAUCGAGCACCCAGGAAGCAGCGAAGACGAAGAAGAAGAAACGGAACAAUAGGAACAAUAAGAAGAAUAAGAAUCCAUGGCUGGCCGCUUGAGCACCACGUGGCUACUGGCGCUGCACGCAGCCACCACGACGUGGUACGGCACCACCGUGGCCCUCCACGUGGACAACACCGCCACGCUGCCCGGCUCGCUGAGCUACGGAGGCCACUGGAAGUACCUGACCUUCAUCGACUUGAUUCUACAGUUGGUCUACUUCGGUAUUUGCGUGUUGGUCGAUAUUUUGGCACUCACCCAAGGGAAAGCAAAGGCAAAAGGGAGAAAUGCCCUGCAAACAUUGACGCAACUGCGAGACAACGUUUUUACCACCCUGGCUUUCCCUCUGGCAGCGUUUGUAAUGACCUCAUUCUGGACCAUUUAUGCUGUUGACCGUGAGUUGGUGUACCCGAAGCAACUGGAUGGGAUUAUCCCAAAAUGGCAAAAUCACGCAAUGCACACCACAAUUGUACCAAUAGUGCUGGCAGAGAUGUAUGCAACACGACACGUGUACCCUUCCAAGAAGGCAGGCAUAGCGACUCUUGCAGCUUUCAGCAUCACCUAUGUGUCAUGGAUUAUCUGGGUUAAACAUUAUGCUGACAUCUGGGCAUAUCCAUUGCUGAAUGAAAUGAACUUCGAAGCCAUGGUCAUAUUUUUCUCUUCUUCCUUCAUCAUUGUGAUUGGAUUUUACAUCCUGGAAGAGAAGUUAAACAAUCAAUUUUGGGGUGUGGAGAGAAAAAAGAAAGGAAGAUAAAUACAAAGGCUAACCAGCUUCAUAAUCAGCCAUCAGUAUCUGCUGGUGACAAUAAAACAAUGAAUGAGGAUGCAACAAUAACCACACAACCACAUAUGCGCAAUACAAUGGACUGCAAGAAAACUACUGUAACAGUGCACACUGAAUCCUAUAAUUAUAGCCAACACUGGCAUUCUUAGAAAAUAAUUGUGUGUGGUAAGAAUUUGAAAUGACUGAAUUAUUGUCCAAUAUUGUAUUUUUUAUCAAUAAAUGUCUUUGUGGAUGUA